UAUCCGGGUGCGAGGAGAGUCACUUCCGGCCAUUGAGUCGCUCAGUAGCGCCGUUUCUUUCACCGAGCGCCGGAGCGGCCUGGUCUGAGGCCUCCGCACCGAGCUCAAUUUUUUCCUCUCCCCGUUGCCGGGGUUGCCGCUCUGUGGUCCCGGCCGGCUGGCCUGACGCCCCUGCUCCGCCGCCAUGAAGCUCGUGAGGUUUCUAAUGAAAUUGAGUCAUGAGACUGUGACCAUUGAACUGAAGAAUGGAACACAGGUGCAUGGAACAAUCACAGGAGUGGAUGUCAGUAUGAAUACGCAUCUUAAAGCUGUGAAAAUGACACUGAAGAACAGAGAGCCUGUACAGUUGGAGACAUUGAGUAUUCGAGGAAAUAACAUUCGAUACUUCAUUCUGCCAGACAGUUUGCCUCUGGAUACCUUGCUAGUGGAUGUUGAACCAAAAGUCAAAUCCAAGAAAAGGGAAGCAGUUGCAGGAAGAGGCCGUGGCAGAGGUCGGGGCAGAGGCCGUGGCCGUGGCAGAGGAAGAGGGGGACCUAGGCGAUAACUUCUCUCACACCACAGAUACAUGUUACAAAAUUCUAAGCAGUCUGAUAUUUUUUGUACAGGUUUUGUUUACAAUGUCGAUUUUUAAUAAACACAAAUGUGGAAAAGUUGUCUCUUUUGUC